ACACCUUUAUAGACCAUGUCAACUUCCAAUUCUAUGCACAUGAUCAACGCACAACUGCUUCAAGACCCAAAGCUCCGACAACAAUGGUGGUAAGAUCUUGGUCCGCUUUACCAGAAAAGGAUUCUUAAUUUACAGCCUGCAAUAGGCCUAAGAGUCAGAAGCAACUUCAUGGGAUCUUUGUUUGGUCUGCAGAGGAUCACAGGCACUAUAAUUAGCAAUGAACAAUUGAUGAGUCGUACAUAGGUUGUCACAGCAAGCUGUAUAUUUGUCCAUACAUAUAUACUUGCUGUCCUGUACCAUGAGGGUGACCUUCAUUGCUUCUACUUGUGUGGUAUAUAUCAAGAGAACAAAGUCUUUGUUGGCUUCCCAUGCCUGUCCUUUUACAGAAACAAAUUAUUAUAUUGGAUUUCAUCCAUAAAAGAUGCAGUACACUCGCUGACUUGAAAUGGCCGGCCUGUAGGAAUCCUUGUGAUUCUUGGAAUAUCAGCAAAGGUAUCUGACUUUUGCAUGGCUGCUGGGAAAAGAGCUGCUGCUCCUCAAAACGAUAAGUGUUUUUUGCCGUUUGAGGCGGUUUUAACUAUAGAGAUGCCUUUUGCAUGGCUGCAGAUAUAAAUGUAUAUAUGGUUGCAUCGAUCUCUCAUCUACUGUGUAUAGCUAUAGAAUCAUGAAGCUCUGCAACUCCAACUUUCUGAUCCUCUUUGUCACCCUAUUAUUCAUUUUCUUCACCACUUGCCAAGGUGCCAAUUCCAAGCUCUUCCGGGAGUACAUUGGUGCAGAAUCAGAGUCCAUCAAGCUAUCCCAUGUGCCAAUAAAUUCUGAUGUGGAAUUCCAUUUCAUUAUCUCAUUUGCCAUUGACUACACAAGCCUAGAAAAUCCUUCACCCACAAAUGGAAAAUUCAAUCCCUUUUGGGCAUCCAGCCAUGUCACCCCACAAGAAAUUGCCUCAAUAAAACACAAAAACCCUAAUGUGAAGAUUGCUGUGAGCUUAGGUGGAGACACUAUUGGUCACAAGAAAGCAUAUUUUGCCCCAAAGUCUAUAAACUCUUGGGUAAAAAAUGCUAUAUCUUCACUAACUCAUAUGAUAAAACAUUAUAACAUAGAUGGUAUUGAUAUUGACUAUGAACACUUCAGAUCAGAUCCUGAUACAUUCUCUGAAUGCAUCGGACGGCUGAUAACUAGUCUAAAGCGAAGUGGGACCAUAUCAUUUUCAUCAAUAGCACCCUAUGAUGAUGAUGGGGAGGUUCAAAGCCAUUACUUGCAACUAUGGAAGCAAUAUGGGAAUGAAAUUGAUUAUGUGAACUUCCAAUUUUAUGCAUAUGAAAGGAUUAGUCCAUCUCAAUUUGUGAAGCAUUUUAACAAACAAGCUGCUCAUUAUGGUGGGGGUCAGAUCUUGGCUAGCUUCAUUUCUGGUGGUGGCAGUGGAGGCUUGAGCCCUGAUGAAGGAUUCUUUGAAGCCUGUCAGGAGCUAAGGGAGCAAGAGAAGUUGGGGGGAAUUUUUAUUUGGAGUGCAGAUGAUUCCAAGAAGCAUGGUUUUAAAGGUGAAAAGGAAGCUCAAGCCUUCUUAGCUGAUUGAUUUGGGAUGUGAUCAGCCCUUUUUUAUGACAAUAAAAAGAUUGUUUCUCAUAAUAAAUUUUAAGGACAAGAAACAAUCUCAUCUCAUAAUAAUACUUAAGGGUUUGUUUGGUUUAAAUAAAUUUUACAAAUUCUAUGUAUUAUGUCUUUAGUUUGUGAAAGUUUUAAAAUUAAAUUCCAUAAUCACUUAUAACCAAAAUAUUCUGAAUCAAAUUUAAUAAAAUUAAGACAAAAAAAAAAAUUGUA